AUGGAAGUCCUAACCCAAAACCUUUACGUGGCAAAAAACCUCCUGGUAACGGAGCUUCAAAAAUACAACCCGAUUGCUCUGGUUGCCACCACAUUUUUUGUGACCUAUGUGCUUACUAAUUUGCGACAUAUGCAACUUGAUGAUAUGGGCAUCCGAAAACGCAUCAGCACAUGGUUUUUCACCACAGUCAAGCGAGUACCUUUCAUAAGACGAAUGAUUGACAAACAACUCGACGAGGUGAAAGUGGAACUUGAGAAAAGUUUGCAAAUCCCGGACCACACUACAGAGUACUUCCGCACCAUCCCAGUGAAGUCAGUUGGUAGAGAAGAGGUUCUCCGGCUAGCAACUAUCUAUGACCACCUCGAGGGACCCGCUUUCUUGGAGGGAAGAGUGUCCGGUGCAGUCUUCAACCGUGAAGACGAUAAGGAUGAGAGAGAGAUGUACGAGGAAGUGUUCGGGCGGUUCGCGUGGUCUAACCCACUCUGGCCAAAGUUGUUCCCAGGAGUAAGAAUUAUGGAGGCAGAGGUUGUUCGCAUGUGUUGUAAUAUGAUGAAUGGUGAUGAGGAGACGUGUGGAACCAUGUCUACCGGUGGAUCCAUUUCGAUUCUUUUGGCGUGUCUGGCUCAUCGUAAUCGUUUGUUGAAGAGAGGAGAAAAGUACACCGAGAUGAUUGUCCCGUCAUCCGUCCACGCGGCAUUCUUCAAGGCUGCCGAGACAUUCCGCAUCAAAGUCCGCAAGAUUCCAGUCGACCCAGUCACCUUCAAAGUGGACUUGACUAAAAUGAGAGCUGCGAUAAAUAGCCGCACUUGCAUGCUCGUCGGAUCCGCGCCUAACUUCCCAUUCGGAACCGUUGACGAUAUCGAAGCAAUCGGACAACUUGGUCUAGAGUACGAUAUUCCAGUUCAUGUUGAUGCUUGUCUCGGUGGUUUCUUGCUUCCCUUCCUUGAAGACGACGCGAUCAGAUAUGACUUCCGUGUCCCAGGAGUGUCCUCGAUCUCGGCAGACAGUCAUAAGUAUGGGCUAGCACCGAAAGGUUCCUCGGUCGUGUUGUACAAAAACAAGGAACUCCUUCAUAACCAAUAUUUCUGUGAUGCUGACUGGCAGGGAGGUAUUUAUGCGUCUGCAACAAUGGAGGGAUCCCGAGCUGGACACAAUAUUGCUUUGUGCUGGGCAGCUAUGCUAUAUCACGCACAGGAUGGAUAUAAGGCUAAUGCGAAGAAGAUCGUAGAGACUACAAGAAAAAUUCGAGAUGGAUUGGCUGGAAUUAAGGGGAUUAAGCUGCAAGGACCAAGUGAUGUAUGCAUUGUUAGCUGGACUACAGAUGAUAGUGUGGAGUUGUAUAGAUUCCAUAAUUAUAUGAAGGAGAGACAUUGGCAGUUGAACGGGCUUCAAUUCCCAUCGGGUGUUCACAUCAUGGUCACCAUGAAUCAUACCCACCCGGGGCUCGCCGAGGAAUUCAUUGCUGACUGUAAAGCCGCCGUCGAAUUCGUCAGAACGAAGCCAGUAUCUGAAUCCGAUAAAAAGAGUGAAGCAGCCAUCUACGGCCUGGCACAAAGUAUUCCGGACCGUUCAUUGGUUCAUGAAUUCGCACAUAGUUAUUUGGAUGCGGUUUAUGCUUUGCCGGAGCAGUCGAAAAAAUCAUUUUAA